AUGUGCUACGCCGUGAAGUGUGGCACGUGCGGGAAGAGCACCUGGGCGGGGUGCGGUCGCCAUGUGGCGUCGGUGUACUCACAGAUCCCGGAGGGGCAGCACUGCCUCUGCCGCCGUUGGCCCGGCGUGAAGCUCCCAGGGGAGGCGGAGUCCGCCGCCGCUGGCGGCGGCUCUGCGUCGACCGCCGAAGGGGCAGCCGACCCGCAGUCGUCCUGGUGUAUCAUCUCUUGA